AUGUCUAGGGACCGAAAAUCUAAAUGGAAAUGUGAAGAUUGUAGCGACAGUGUAAAGGCAGCUAGUGCUGACACAAAUGCUGAAACUCCUUUAACUAUAGAAAUGAUUAGAGAUGAAAUCAAGAGUUGUUUCCGUAGUUUCGAAGGGCAAUUUUUACGAGAACUGAAGCCUAUUAAAGAAGAAAUUGGUGAACUAAAAAAAUCCCUGGAUUUCUGCAAUAAAUCGUCUGAAGAAAUGAACAGUAAACUUAUCGGUAUAGUCGAUGAAAUAAAACAAGUUAGAGAAGAAAAUAGAAAAUUGGUGCUGGAAAAUAGAACAUUGAACGAUAAGAUAGAAAGCAUCGAACGGGAAUUAGAUGCAAUCGAACUUCGAUCGAAAGAAAACAACAUUGAAAUUAACAACUAUCCUGAGGAAAAAGAUGAGAAUCUGAAUGAUAUAAUUGGAAAGAUGGCUACUGAGUUGCAUCUAGAAGAAAAAGGUGAAAUAAUUAACAUGCACCGAGUUCCAACGCAAAGUAAAAAUAGAAUAAAACCUAUUAUAGUGAGAUUUAAGGAUAUUCUCACACGUAAUACAUUGCUCAGAGCUACCAAAGAUAAUAAAAAUUUAACUACGACCAUGAUUAACAAUAAAUUUGAAGAACAAAAGAUUUUUAUCAAUGAACAUGUUACAAGAAAGGUUAAGGAAUUACAUUUUAUAGCCAGAAAAUUCAAGAGUGAAAAUGAUUAUAAAUUUGUUUGGAUGAAAGGAGGAAAGGUCUUUCUUCGAAAAAGUGAGAAUGAUAGAGUAAUACAGGUAAGGAGGAAAGAGGACUUGGAUAAAUUGAGAAAUAAUUCAAACCAGUUUUUGUGCGAUGGAAGACCACGAUAUUAA